AUGGCAGAUAACGUGGUUGCAUUCCUUUUGGAACACUUAUCCCAAUUACUGCAACAUGAAGCUAAUUUUCUGUCCGGAGUGGAAGACAAAAUCAUAUCCCUCCACAACGAACUCGAAAUCAUUAGCAUCAGAGAUGUUUCCUACUUAGUCGAGGAUGUUAUCGACACAUUCAUCACCAAGGUCGCCUUCUACAAGAAGAGAAAUCUGCUGGGAAGAAUGUUUCACAGCGUUAAGCAUGCUAAGUUGCUACACGAGGUAGCAGAGAAAAUUGACAAGAAAAAAACAACGCUCAACAAGAUACACGAAAAAAAGAUCAAAUAUUGUCAAGAAAGCAGUGAUCAAUCAACAUCAGCAAGAGAAGUGGAGGAGAAAAGGAAAUCACUUCACAGAUUUAGAAGAAACGUGGAGGAGGAAGAUGUUGUGGGCUUUGUCCAUGAAUUUGAGGUUGUCAUCAAUAGACUCAUAGAAGGUGGCUCACUGUGA